AUGGACAAAAUUAUCACUCCAAUACUCGAUUCUCCUGUCAAGGUGUGCGCGGUAUCCCUUACGGCGGUCUCUUUGGGCUACUUCGCAAUAAAGGGAAUACGAGGCAUCCUCCUUGAUCGGUCUGGCUCACAUUCAUACCCCCCCGGACCACCCAGAGAUCCCGUCAUUGGAGCGCUAAGAAGCUUUCCUAAGGGUCAAUUCGUCCAAU